GUGCCUGGCUGCGUUUGUGUCUCUGCAGAGAAGGUGUUCGCCAGCCUCCCCCAGGUGGAGAGGGGUGUCUCCAAAAUCGUCGGCGGCGACCCCAAGGGCAACAAUUUUCUUUACACCAAUGGCAAAUGCGUCAUCCUAAGGAACAUAGACAACCCGGCCAUCGCGGACAUCUACACGGAGCACGCCCACCAGGUGGUAGUGGCCAAGUACGCGCCCAGCGGCUUCUACAUCGCCUCCGGAGACGUGUCUGGGAAGCUGAGGAUCUGGGACACGACGCAGAAGGAGCACCUGCUGAAGUAUGAGUACCAGCCCUUCGCUGGGAAGAUCAAGGACAUUGCUUGGACGGAAGACAGUAAGAGGAUCGCCGUGGUCGGGGAAGGAAGGGAGAAGUUCGGAGCUGUCUUUCUGUGGGACAGCGGCUCUUCCGUGGGUGAGAUCACAGGCCACAACAAAGUCAUCAACAGCGUGGACAUCAAGCAGAGCCGGCCAUACCGCCUGGUGACCGGCAGUGACGACAACUGCGCCGCAUUCUUUGAGGGGCCACCGUUCAAGUUCAAGUUCACGAUCGGCGACCACGGCCGCUUUGUCAACUGCGUGCGAUUCUCUCCCGACGGGAACAGAUUUGCCACAGCCAGUGCCGACGGCCAGAUCUUCAUCUAUGACGGGAAGACAGGAGAGAAAGUGUGUGCGCUGGGGGGAGGCAAGGCUCACGACGGCGGCAUUUACGCUAUCAGCUGGAGUCCGGAUAGCACCCACUUGCUCUCUGCUUCCGGAGACAAAACCUCGAAAAUCUGGGAUGUCAACGUGAACUCGGUCGUCAACACGUUUACCAUGGGCUCCAACGUUCUGGACCAGCAACUAGGCUGCUUGUGGCAGAAGGACCACCUCCUCAGCAUCUCCCUGUCCGGCUACAUCAACUACCUGGACAAAAACAACCCCAGCAAACCCCUGCGGGUCAUCAAGGGUCACAGCAAAUCCAUCCAGUGCCUGACGGUGCAUAAAAACGGCGGCAAGUCUUACAUCUACUCUGGGAGCCACGACGGACACAUUAAUUACUGGGAUUCCGAGACGGGGGAGAACGACUCCUUUGCCGGGAAGGGCCACACGAACCAGGUGUCCCGGAUGACCGUGGACGAGCGCGGGCAGCUGGUGAGCUGCAGCAUGGACGACACGGUGCGGUACACCAGCCUCGCCCUGCGGGACUACAGUGGACAGGGAGUUGUGAAACUGGACGUCCAGCCGAAGUGCUUGGCGGUCGGCCCCGGGGGCUACACCGUGGUCGUGUGCAUUGGCCAGAUCGUUCUGCUGAAGGACCAGAGGAAGUGCUUCAGCAUCGACAACCCCGGCUAUGAGCCCGAAGUAGUGGCCGUGCACCCGGGCGGUGAGACAGUGGCCGUCGGGGGCGCGGACGGGAAUGUCCGCCUCUACUCCAUCCUAGGCACCACGCUGAAGGACGAGGGCAAGCUCCUGGAGGCCAAGGGCCCCGUGACCGACCUGGCGUUUUCCCAUGACGGUGCCUUCCUCGCUGUGUGCGACGCCAGCAAAGUGGUCACGGUCUUCAGCGUUGCCGACGGCUACUCGGAGAACAACGUUUUCUACGGACACCAUGCAAAGAUCGUCUGCCUGGCCUGGUCUCCGGACAACGAGCACUUUGCCUCAGGCGGCAUGGACAUGAUGGUGUACGUGUGGACCCUGGGUGACCCUGAGACCAGGGUCAAGAUCCAAGAUGCGCACCGGCUCCACCACGUGAGCAGCCUGGCCUGGCUGGACGAGCACACGCUGGUCACGACCUCACACGACGCCUCUGUCAAAGAGUGGACAAUCGCCUACUGAGGAGCCCUCCUCACACAGACCCAAGACCGAAUCAGGGACGCGGGGUGAACGCAGCUCCGCCUCUGUCACUCCUCUCUCUGCCCCGCCCCUGCCCCACCUCCCAGGGGAGGGGCCUCACCUCGGCCCCGCCCCCCGGGAGGGAGGGGCCCCGCCGCUCACCUGCCAGCUCGCUGGGCCAUCCUGUCUGUCCCAAGUUCUGAAAGCUUUAGACCCUGACCGUUUGCACAUGGGAAAUCAAGCGGGCACGUUCAACCACGUGUGGCGCCUGACUCAGACCCACUGCUUGCCGCCCAGAACAUUCCAGAGGCAAAGCCUCCGAAGCACACAGACCCUCCCGAGGCUCCCGGGGGCCCGCCGCCCCUCGCGCUCCGCGCCUGCGGGUCCUUGCCGGUUUCUGUACCUGCCGGAAGGGGGGCCGGCAGGGCCGAUGCUGUAGAGCAGGUGGCGCUGCUUCCAGGCCGCCGGGCGCACACGGGACUCCGCGUUCCACUGUCGGUUUUUGUGCUUGAUUUGAGAAUGGAUCGUGGGUUUGUUUUCUCUUUUUUUUUCCAGUGUAUCUUAAUCCAUGCCUGUCAGUGUUUACUGCGCUGCCUCCAGGCCUUCGGAUCCCUUGUUGGCGGGACGGGAGGCUCCCUGCUCACCAGUUCACUUGUGCUUUGAUGUUUUUUCCUGUCUUCGAUCCUCCUCUGCCCUCGAGAGAACAGAUUAAUUUAAAAGGCAAAGAUGGAGUCACUGUAAACUAACUCGUCCUCAUUUACACCUUCCUUUUCUUUUCCAGUGAGGAAAUUAAAAUAAGUAUAUAAAGCACGGUGAUUUGGAGUCUCUUUGCGUUUGUCAGAAUCACUGGUAAAAUGCUGGCUGAGAGCGGGCCCUCCCCUUGCACUUGUGAAAAUACUUUGAGCGCUUUAAGAGAUUAGACAGAGAAAUAAUUAAAUAUCUUUUCUCUUCA